GGAGGCUGCUUACGCGCAGCCGGCAGGGCCUUGGCACCAGCAUUCUCUGGAACAAAAGUCGUUUACUGGCUUCUCAUCCAGCUCUCAACAUGGCCGUAUGAAUGGAACUUCUUGUUUUUGAUGCGUGAAAAGCAAGUGACGUGGAGAGCACGCGAACACGCACGUCAAAGACUCAACGUGACGCCACGUAGAACAUCUAAGUGCGCUGCAAAUACACCCUUAGGCUGCGAUGACUUCUAUGGACGAAGUAGAAAUACUUUCAGUCAUCCAGAAAUCAACUGAAGGGUAUGUGAUUGUACUUUCAGUCAUCCAGAAAUCAACUGAAUGGCAUACCUGCCCCCGCUGUGGCAUCACCCUGGCAACUCCAACACUGCUGAUGCACCAUCAGCUGAUGCUCUGUGAUCAGAGGACUCCUGCAGAGGUCCGGCAUGCCAGAUAUGUUGUAGAUGUUGCAAAGCGCUGCGACCUAGACGAGCUACACAUCUUCUCGCUGGAGCGCGAGGCGGGCCUGGAGCCACGCCGGCCGGCGGCCGGACGCGCACCACCCGCUGAGCCGGCCGCCGGCGCCCCUCUCGAGCAGCGGCUGGAGGCCAUCUGCCGUCUCACGCUGGAGGACCUGCCGGACGAACUGGUGGAAAGCCUGCUGACCGAGUCGGGCCAGGCGGGCGGCGGCGGCGACCCGGAGCCGGGCCGCGGCUCCCUCUACCAGCUGGACAACACGCCGCUUUCGUACGAGGUGCUGCGGCUGCCACAAUACCAGGAGCUGUUCGAGCGGCUGCGCCAGGAGGCGAUAGGCGUGGCGCCCGCGCCGCUAGACGCCGACGCCUGCCGCGACGCCGGCAUCGGCCAGUCGCUGCUGCGCUCUCUGCUGCAGCAGGCGGACCAGCUGCGCGUCGACAACCAGGGCGAGUUCGUCGAGUGGCACUACUGCCGUCAGUGCAAUGAGCACGUUGAGCGCGCGCACCUGCUCGGCCACGUGCACGCCGGCCUACGAGACACGUGUGGCUUCUGCGGCUUCAUCGCGGUGCACCCUGCCGAUCUCAAGAACCACGUGGUCAAGCAGCACCAGAUGCAGCGGAAGUUGAGCUGCCCACUUUGCCGCACGCGCUACUCGACGCCACACGCCUACUGUAGCCACGUGGUCACACACCGACUGGACGAGGAGCUGUUGCUGCCCGGCGAGUUUGACUCCCGCGGCUGUAACCCACACCGACUAUUCGAGUGGCAGUGCGAGCUGUGCCGAGAGAUGCCCAUCGGUAUUUCGGUCAAGUUCCGCGAGAUCAGGGAGCACGCCACUUCAAGCUGUCGUAUGCUGCGGCUCUCGGAAGCCGAGUUCAAUCGGCGCUUCUUCCUGCCGCCUCCUCGCGAUCUGUGAUACCUAGGCAGCGACUCCGACCCAUGGACAAGCUCUGUUUGUUGUUCUUGUGUUAAGUCCCAUCGUCACCUUCGAUACUCCGGCGCUUGUUGCAACAGUUUUUGUUUUUGUAUCAGCGUAUGGGCUAAAUUGUCAGCCGUUUCGGUUGAUUUCUUGACCAGGUCUAACACCCUCAUGCCUUGGCCCGCUGAAUAUUGCCGCGGUGAAAGCUGCAGUUUGAAUGUGCGUACGCUUUUCGACGAGCAAGUGGAGCAUUGAUGUUAUGACCAACGUGUGAACGCCGCGUUAUCCGUGCGCGCGUCAAGAUAGCGCUCCCUGACGCUCGCGAUACCGUAGGAUGUGGGUAGUCGCGAUAGUAGCAGCACGAGCGGUGACAGAUUAGGUCCAUUGAAUAAAGAGUCAUAGAAGACACUAGGCUUUGCACACUUUAAACACUUCAAUGUGCACUGGUCUGUAAGAUGUGUGGACGAUUUGUGUUGCUUUGGGGAAAUAUUGACUAACAGUCAGUGUUA